CCUUCAGCCCCAACCUACUGUCCUGACAUGAGCCUGCUCCAGAGGGGCUACUCCCUCAGCGCAGGGUCAGACCCUGAUGCAGACUCUGACCCAGAGGGGCCCUUGUCCCCAGAGAGAGCCAUCCAGCUGUGGGGAGGAGGAACAGGAGGAGGAACAGGAGGAGGACCAGGAGGAGGACAAGGAGGAGGGGUGAAGAGCACACACAGUUCAGGACUGUCCAGCAGAGAAAACUCAGUGCUCACACUCACUGACUCAGACAACGACUACAAGUCUGACCACGAAUCAGCAUACCUGGAGGAUGAUGAGGAUGAGGAUGAAGACCCAUACAGUGACUGUAUCAUCAGUAAGUCUGUGUGUUUGCAACAGAGUGGUCUUCUCUCUCCAUGUGAAUGUUUUCAUGAUGACUCUCCUUCAUCCAGAUAAUCUGUUGCA